CGCACUAUUAGUUAGUCAUCAUCUACCAGUUCAAGUUAGAACACCAGUGUGAGAAGAGAAGGGUGCAUUGUGAUCGUAAACCAGUGAUAAAACAACUUAGUGAACUUGAAUACUUCUCAUAUAUUCUAGAUCAGAAUGAUUGGUUGAGGUGAGUCACUAGAUUAGAGAAUCAGGAGAUUAGAAGAAGAAGAAGAAGAAGAGGAAAGAGAAGAUGUCGAAGGAAGAGGAGAGGUUGAAGGAGAUGGUGGCGCUGCUGGAGGGCGAGUUGAAGACUAGAGAGAGUAAGACGAGUAUGUUGGAGACGGAGGUGAAGUCCCUGCAGAGGAGGUUGGUCAGGAGGGACAACGAGAUUAUCAAACAGGAGAGAGAGCUCCAUAAACUCAGGAGUGUACUGCAGCAAGCUUCUAGUUUGAUGUCCAAGGGAGAGGACCCUCUUCUCAGUACAAUACAG